UUCAUGAUCUCAGAACAUGAAGGUUGAUGUGGAUAAUUGAAUAACCAUCCCAUCGACACGUGAAACACGGACACGGUUCGUCGGUUCGUCGCGCUUUGAUGAAUCAUGGUUCAGGGUUCAGGGUUCGGGAAAUCCGCGGCCAGGUCGCGUCGUGUUCACACUUCACGCGCAGCUGUCAAAGCUUUUGCCUCCAUUAAUCUGGCACGAACGACCUCAGAGUGAGAAAACGCGACGUAUCUCUGCCUCAAGUCGUUACGAGCAUGUCACUCUCAACCUCAGAUCUGUACGAUAACCCGGCGUACUCGGACAUCACGAUCAGCUUCAGCGGCAGAAGUGUUCACUGCCACAAGCUGAUCCUAUGUACCAAAUCAGAGUACUUCAGAAUGCUCUGUGGAUCGGAAAGUGCGUUCAGUGAAAGCUCCCGAAAAGUCAUCGAGCUCAAAGAGGACGAUCCGGAUGCAGUGGAACAUGUAUUGCGAUAUCUCUACUCCGGCAACCACCAUACCGACCAAGACAGCAACUGGAAACUACAACUGCAGAUCGCCAAUGCUGCACAAAAGUACCUUGUGACAGAUCUGGCGAAGGCCGCAACAGAAAAGUUUACCAAAGGUGCCACCGCCACCUCCAGAACGGAGGAUGUCUUCGAAACCAUUAUGCGCAUUCGACAGAACACACUCCUGCCCAAUGUGAUUCAGCAAGCCCAGGACCUUGAGAGCACGUUUCUGCGCGACCUGCUGAGACUCCCGGCCUUUCGCGAACUGGUCGAGAAAGAUAGGACUCUGGUUUGGAAGUAUCUUGAUCGACUGAAUGACUCCUUGAUGGAAGCCGAGCAGACCGACGCCAAGUUGCGUAUCUGCCAUGGAUGUCGACGGACAGUGCUGCUUGCGCCUAUGGACCUCGAAUAUGUCUGCCGGUGUUCGACCAGCUACACGCGGAGUCCGACUGAGCAUUUUCAGAUUUGCGUGCCAAGGGGAAAGAUGAGCGAAUAUAAGGAGCGACUCGAAAACAUUGCUACAGCUCAAUGAAAAUCGAUCGAAGCAUUGACAAGUAGUUCAUGGAUCUUGGAGUGGAGGAAUGGUCUGAGCAUGGUAGAAGAACGUGCGUGUAUAUCAACGUCGUCCCUUUGCUAAUGUAGCUGUGGCAGGUGCAUGCACGAUAGUCCUCCUUUGCUGGAACUCGUUUCAGCCCCAGCUUCAUUCUGCUGAUGCAGGUCUCUGAGAGAAUACAGCUUCUUUGCACUGAAAGCCCCGGAUGCUUUUGGCAAGCUCUCGCGUGGCGGUCUUUUGUCAAUCUGCUCCGCUCGCCCUCUCGCUCAGCUCUGAAGCAUACCGGAGCUAGGAAACCUAGCGCUUCAUCCUCCUGGGAUGUACUCUUCUGCCUCAUCUUGCCCUCCAAUCAUCAAUACCGAACAGAUACCACGAGCCGGCGGGCCUGCGGCAAACGCCCGAUGUCUGC